ACCAGCUCCACCGUCCCUUCACCCUACUAACAUCUGACGGCGGUUUGUCAUCCAUUGAACAGGCAAAGUCCUUGAACAGGCAAAGAUGAUCAAAAUGCCGGCAAUUUCAAGGAAUGUUCAUGGUGAGCUGGACGCCCAAUCCAAGUUCAGCAACAUCCGCGUCGCAGUGAGGGUUCGCCCCUUGUUGGCAGAAGAAAAGUUGGACGGAAGUGAUGCUGUGGUCCAUGUGAUUAAUGGAAGCUCCUUGAAGGUCUUGGAGGGAGCAGAGGGGGAGAUAAGGACAAGACACUUCAAGUUUGACUGUUGCAUUGGGCCUGCUGAAGGUCAGCAAAGUACCAUGGAGAAGUGUGGAAUCUUCCAGAUGCUGGAUGCAGCUCUGGAAGGCUAUUCGGCUGCAGUGAUCGCUUAUGGUCAAACAGGGUCAGGAAAGACGUAUACUAUGCUUGGGAAAGAGGAGACACUUCCUGAUAAUCACAAGUGCUCAUCGCAUAGCGAUCCCGAUGAUGGUGUAAUGCCAAGGUCCAUACGAUACCUUUUUACAAGGAUUGAACAAAGGAGCGCAUGCAGGAGAGGUGGAACAACCUCAGGCAGUCGAGGAUCGUUUACUCAGCCUCAAGCUAGCAGAAGCACAACAAUGCAAGCAUCGUUCCUUGAAGUCUAUAACGAGCAGGUGAAUGACUUGCUGCGACUGAGCAGCAUCCCAAAAGUUCUUCGUUGGAGUAAAUCAGAAGGCUUUUUUGCAGAUGGUCUACUUAUGGUGGAAUGUGAAAGCAUGGAGGAUGCAAUUUCGGUUAUGUUGGAAGGAGCUCGCAAUCGCAAGGUUGGGUCUCAUGAGCUCAACAAGGACAGCAGCAGGAGCCACAGCAUGAUGACCAUACACAUCCAAUCCUCCCACAUUCAACCAGAUGGCCAAUGCCUUUGCAAGCGUGGAAAGGUCUCCUUCGUCGACCUUGCAGGAAGCGAGAGGCUGAACCGUACGAAGUCAGAGGGGAUGAUGCUUAAAGAGUCCAGCAACAUCAACCGCAGCUUGCUCACUUUUGGCAAGGUCGUCUCUUGUUUAAGCAAUAACAGGAAGAAUGGAGAUGUCUACGUGCCGUACAGGGAAAGCAAGUUGACGAAGCUGUUGAUGGACACCGUUGGAGGAAACGGGCUUACACUGCUUAUCACUUGUUGUUCACCGUCACCCAUGUCAUUCUCAGCGCACUGCUGUUGCCACGUGGCACUUCGCCUACUAAACAAAACCAAUGAAAUAGGGAGGAGGAGGAGAAAGGAGGAGGAGAGAAGAAGAAGAAGGGAGGAGGAAGAGGAGCGAAGAAGACGAAAGGAGGAGGAGGAGGAGGAGGAGGACGAGAAGGAGAGAAGAAGACGAAAGGAGGAGGAGGAGGAGAAGAAGAAAAGGAGGAAAGGAGGAGGAGGAGAGGCGAAGAAGACGAAAGGAGGAGGAGGAGGAGGAGAGGAAGAAGAAGAAGAAGAGGAAGGAAGGAGGUGGACACCGAUUUACCACGAUGGCGACAGCAGCUUGACGGGCGGCGAAGACGGGGAGGGCUGCUCGACGGGGCAGCUCGACGGGGAGCGAUGAAGACGUGCGGGCUUCGAGACCGCG